AUGAACAGAAAUAUAGGAAAUAAUUCUUUAUUACCGUAUCAAGUAUUUGUUUUGACAAUUAUAGGUAAAGGGGAUAUACCAAUAUAUGAAGCUGACUUAUCAAUUAAUGGAAAAAAAGAUAUUUCAGAACAUUUAGCACAAUUUAUAAUUCAUCAAUCAUUAGAUUCAUUAGAUGAAUUAGUUUGGAGAAGUUCAAGUAUGUUUCUAAAAUCUAUUGAUUCUUUUAAUAAUUAUAGCGUAUCUGCUUAUUGUACACCUGGGCAUAUCAAGUUUUUAUUAUUAUUCAAAAAUAAAAAUGAAAUUAAUAACUCUACUAAUACAAACAUAUAUGUACCUUCUGAUGAAAAUAUACGAUCUUUUUUUGAAAUAGUUCAUGAAAAUUAUAUAAAAGUUUUGUUAAACCCUUUAUAUGAACCUAACGGGAUUAUAACAAGUUCUUUAUUUGAUCAAAAUGUUCAUUUAGCUGCAAAAAAGUUUUUACAUCAAUAA